UGAAACACACAACACGUAUUCUUCCGCAGAGGGCUUGCGCUUUUUUUCCGUUGAGGGGGAGGGGGAUUUCACAAAACACCCCUCCACAAGCGACCGAGCGCCGCUAAAAUUCACCCGGAAGGGUAGCCGACCUUAGGAUAGCUUGGCGGUUUGUUCUACGCGGGAGGAAGGACGUUUUUUGCGGGGCAAACAGCUCAGUGCGCACUAGUUGUCGCUGCGCGGAGGAGCACUAGACGCAGCCGGGACUUUUUUCUUGUGAGCGAAGCUGAAUGGAGGCAGCCUCUUCCUGGUGGAUAAACAGUGACAGCUACAGGGCAGCCACCUAGACCCACCACACAGGCUCUGGCGCUGCCCUGGCAAACAACACCAAAAUGGCUUCAGACAGUACACACAUCGCGCAGUUGACUUCUGAACUGUACUUCCUAAUAGCCCGAUUUCUAGAAGCUGGACCGUGUCAAAAAGCAGCCGAGACCCUGAUAAGGGAGGUGGAGGAGAAGGAGCUGCUACCCAGAAGGCUGGACUGGACAGGGCAGGAACACCCCGGGACGUACGACAAUUUGGUGAAGCUCUACCGACACAUCAGUCCAGACCACCUGCUGCAGGUCUGCUCCAGAGUUUGUCCGCUGCUGGAGAGGGAGGUCCCUGCCAGUGUGCCUGGACUCACCAGCCUGCUGGGGGCCGGCAGGCAGAAUCUCCUCCGUACCGGCAAGAGUUGCAAGCAUGUUGUGUGGAAGGGCUCGGCGCUGGCUGCGCUUCACUGUGGACGACCACCGGAGCCACCAAUCAUCUAUGGGAGCCCACCUAAUAUCGUGGAGACGAGCUACGGCCGUCGACUGAACGGCUCCUACCGUCUCAGGCAGCUGGUGCCCACGGCCGUGUACCAGCACAUGAAGAUGCACAAGAGGAUCCUGGGACACCUGUCGUCCGUGUACUGCGUCACAUUCGACAGGACGGGCCGACGCAUCUUUACCGGCUCGGAUGACUGCCUCGUGAAGAUCUGGGGAACAGAUGACGGGCGUCUGCUGGCGACGCUGCGCGGCCACGCUGCUGAGAUCUCCGACAUGGCCGUCAGCUACGAGAACACAAUGAUCGCUGCCGGUUCCUGUGACAAGACCAUCAGAGUGUGGUGCUUGCAGACGUGCGCCCCUUUGGCCGUCCUGGAGGGACACGCAGCUUCCAUCACCUCACUACAGUUUUCUCCUCUUUGUUGCGGCUCCAAGCGCUACCUGUCCUCCACCGGAGCUGACGGCACCAUCUGCUUCUGGCAGUGGGACGCACGCACGCUCAAGUUUGGUCAGAGGCCCAGUAAAUUCACAGAGCGCUCCAGACCUGGCGUCCAGAUGAUCUGCUCCUCCUUCAGUGCAGGUGGUAUGUUCCUGGCAACAGGAAGUACGGAUCACAUCAUCAGGGUGUACUACUUUGGUUCAGGACAACCAGAGAAGAUCUCCGAACUUGAGUCACAUACAGACAAAGUUGACAGCAUCCAAUUUUCACAUUGCAGUGACAGGUUUGUGAGCGGCAGCAGGGAUGGUACAGCACGAAUUUGGCAGCUGCAGCCUCAGGGCUGGAGGAGCAUUCUGCUGGACAUGCAGACCAAAUUACCCGGGAAGUACAACCCUCCGCCGCUGGAAGACAAGGUGACCAAGCUGAAGGUUACCAUGGUAGCGUGGGAUCGUCACGACAGCACGGUGAUCACGGCAGCCAACAACCUGACGCUGAAGGUGUGGAACUCCACCACGGGAAACCUUGUCCAUGUCCUGAUGGGUCACGAGGAUGAGGUGUUCGUCCUGGAGCCGCACCCCUUCGAUCCGAGGAUCCUUUUCUCAGCAGGGCAUGAUGGGAAUUGUAUUGUGUGGGAUUUGGCCAGAGGAGUCAAGAUCCGCUCCUAUUUCAACAUGAUUGAGGGACAAGGGCACGGAGCGUUGUUCGACUGCAAAUGCAGUCCAGAUGGGCAGCAUUUUGCAGCAACGGACUCCCAUGGACACCUGCUCAUCUUCGGCUUUGGCUCCAGCAGCAAGUAUGACAAGAUAGCGGACCAGAUGUUCUUCCAUACUGACUACCGGCCACUGAUCCGGGAUGCCAACAACUAUGUUCUGGAUGAGCAAACUCAGCAGGCGCCACACCUAAUGCCCCCUCCCUUCUUGGUGGACGUAGAUGGGAACCCCCACCCUCCAAGAUACCAACGGCUGGUGCCUGGCAGGGAGGGCUGCAGGGAUGAACAGCUGAUCCCACAGAUGGGGGUCACGUCUUCAGGCCUGAACCAAGUGGUCAGUGAGCAGGCGGUGGAUGGUCCCAGUCCUCUGGAUACCAUGAUCCAGAGACUGCAGCAGGAACAGGACCAAAGACUAGGCACUAAUGAUUCCCCUACUUCUGCUGCUGUUAACACCAGAGCCAACAGAGGAUCGGUGGGUUCGCCAACGGAGGUGCACUCCCCGCCCAACGUGGGUCUCCGCCGCAGCGGGCAGAUCGAAGGUGUUCGACAGAUGCACAGCAACGCCCCGCGCAGCCAGAUGGCCACAGAGGGAGACCUGGUGGCCUGGAGCCGCAGGGUACUGGUCCCUGAGCUGGAGGACGCCUCUGUCAGGAGACAGGUGAACUGGCGUGAGGCUAAAGGGGAAGAGGAGAUCAAUAUUUACCAGUCAGAAAGGAGGAGACGCACCAUCCAUUCUCUCCCCAAGGAGAGCAGGGUUCAUCCGACAUCAGAGUGUGCUACUGAUGAGGGGAGGAGGAGCCAGGGUAACCACGGUUAUCACACUCGAGCUGCCAUGGAGGAGACGAGCCGCCAGAGCGCCGAGGCUGCGGACGACGACGACAGCACCUCUGAGGGAGAGGUGGAGGUACGGCAAAUAAACGGACACUCAGAGGAGGAGGAGAAGGAGGAUGAGGAGAAAGAGCCCUGGCCGGAUGACCACAGUAGCUCAAGCGACUACUCCAGCGAUUACUCAGACUGGACAGCGGACGCGGGGAUCAACCUUGAACCGCCCAAGAAGAGCGUCAAAGUGAAAAAGAAAAGCAGCGGCUCGGAGGAGGACGGAGAGAAGAAGAGGGAUCCGAAGAAAGAAAGAAAGAAAGACAAAGCAGACAAAGAUGGCGCAUUACCAAAGAAGAAGAAGCCAAAGGAGAAGAGGAAGAGGACAGAGUUUCAGGAGGAAGGGUUAACUCUGGAGGAGUGGCUUCCCUCUGCCUGGAUUACAGACACGGUUCCCCGGAGAUGUCCUUAUAUACCCCAGAUGGGAGACGAGCUGUACUACUUCAGACAGGGCCACGAAGCCUAUGUGGAGAUGGCCAAACAAAAAAAGAUUUACAGCAUCAAUCCCAAGAAGCAGCCCUGGCACAAGAUGGAGCUACGGGAGCAGGAGUUGAUGAAGAUAGUUGGCAUUAAGUACGAGGUGGGUUUGCCCACACUGUGCUGUCUGAAGCUUUCUUUCCUCGACCCGGACACCGGCAAACUGACCGGAGGAUCCUUCUCUAUGAAAUACCACGACAUGCCUGAUGUAAUCGACUUCCUGGUGUUGCGGCAGCAGUUUGACAACGCCAGAAAGAGGCAGUGGAGUAUAGGGGACAGGUUUCGGUCAGUGAUUGACGAUGCCUGGUGGUUCGGGACCAUCGAGAGCCAGGAACCCUACCAGUCCCAGUAUCAAGACAGCCUGUUUCAGUGCUACAAUGUCUGCUGGGAUAAUGGAGACACAGAGAAGAUGAGUCCUUGGGAUAUGGAGCCCAUCCCUGAUGAUGCCACGUUCCCCGACGAGUUGGGCACGAGCGUACCGCUGGUAGAAGAAGAGCAGAAGGAGCUUCUGUACGUCCCUCUGGAUGGAGAAUGGGGCUGCCGCACACGCGUAGAGGAGUGCGAACGCAUCAUCAAAGCCAUCGACCAGCUCUGCACACUUGAUGUGGCAGCACCAUUUGCCUUUCCAGUGGACCUACAAGCUUACCCCACGUACUGUACAGUAGUGGCCUACAUCACUGACCUCAGCACUAUACGCCAAAGGCUGGUGAACCACUUCUACAGACGACUAUCCUCUCUGAUGUGGGAGGUUCGUUACAUUGAACACAACGCCCAAACAUUCAAUGAGCCGGGAUCGUUCAUCGUCACUACAGCCAAGUUUGUCUCUGACCUCAUGCUGCAAUUCAUUAAGGACCAAAGUCUGACAGACCUCAUGCCGCUCUAUAAAACUAUGAAGAAGGCGACUUUCUCUGACUCUGAAGAUGAGGAUGAUGAAGAGGACGACGAAGAUACUAAUACACCUGGAACAUCCACACGAAAUCACAAGGCUCGUCGACCAAUGCAGCGCCAACGGCGAACCCGACCUCCUUCAUACGACCCUCAGGCAUGGAGGGGACGUUGCAAGGAGUUGCUGGACCUCAUCUUUCAGUGUGAAGACUCCGAGCCCUUCAGAGAACCUGUGGACCUACAAGAGUACCCGGACUAUCUGCAAAUAGUUGAAUCACCGAUGGACUUUGGCACUGUUCUCAACACGUUGACAGAAGGAAAGUACCAGUCUCCCAUUGAGCUCUGCAAAGAUGUCCGGCUCAUUUUCAGCAAUUCCAAAGCUUAUACGCCCAGUAAAAAGUCUCGGAUCUACAGUAUGAGUCUGAGGCUCUCUGCACUGUUCGAGGAGCAUGUCAGCUCCAUCCUGGCUGACUACAAGGCCAUCCACGGCCUGACAGAUAAACUGACCAGACAGGGCACAGACAGACAGACAAGACACACUACGGACAGACAGACACGGCACGCCAUGAAGAGAAGGAGGAGGAGGAGUGAAUCUCCCGCAAGCAGCACUGCAUCCAGCCCAGAGAGGAAGAGACGUGUGUCGUCCAGGGUUACCGGCAAAAGGGAGCCAUCACCAGCUCCUUCGCGACCCUCCUCCCUGAGACAUAACGUCCCCCUGAAACAGCCCCCUCAGCUGGUUAACGGGAAGACCGACACCCCGGCUGCAGGGCGUACACGCAGUGCCGCUCGCCACUCUACACACUCUCCACCCUCCUCAUCCUCUUCACACUAUCCUACAAGCAACACACCGAACACGGCAGAGUCUACUCGCUCGCUGCGGGCUCAUAACUCCGUGUCGGCUUCAACGCCGCCAGCUGCUGAAAAGGUGACGCCCUCUCCAGCUGUGGAAAGUAGCAGUGGAGGAAGCACCCGACGGAAACUCAGGACGCCUGUACGACACACGCCGGGCUCUCCUGCCAGCCCUUCAUCUCAGAGCACAGUUCACCUGAACGGCCACAGUAGUCAUGUGACCCUCGGCGUUGGGAGAAGGGGGCGGAAAUCCAGAAUGGACCCACCGGUGAGUCCUCCAGAAGACACAACUCCGGCGAGCCCUUCCAGACCCCGAGGUCGCCCACCCGGCAAGAAGAGAGGCAGGAAGAGCAAGCAGGAGAUGGAGGAGAGGAGAAGAAGCGGCAACCACAGGAGCUCCACCCCUGACGACGAACUCGACCAAUCCACGGGCGACGAAGGCGGGACGUCUUCGGCGCAGGAGGCAUCAGUGCUGUCGGACUCUGGUAUGGCGUCGACGCCUAGACGGCGCGGCCGGCCCAGAGUGGUAAGAACUGAGGAAGCGACUCCUCCUGCUGAGUCACCUGAGCCUUCGCCACUGAGGAGGAGCAGCAGGCGAACCAACGAGGAGGUCACACCUCCUCCUCAGACUGCUCCUCAACGAUCCAAUCACAAGGAGUCUCCAAAGGAGGAGGGAGCGGAGGGAGCAGGAGGGUCAAUGCGCACACGUAACCAGGGGCGACGGUCAGCCUGGUACAUGGAGGAGGACUCAGAGGAGGAGCAGAGGCAGCUGCUGUUUGAGGACUCAUCAAUUACCUUUGGCACCUCCUCAAAGGGCCGUGUCCGCAAGCUGACAGAAAAGGCCAAAGCCAACCUUAUAGGCUGGUAACAGAGACAACAGAACAGACACAGGACGUGAGGAGGAGGCAUCUGUCAGCUGGCUGCCGCGACAGAGAAGAAAUCCGGAUGAGAUUUCUUAGCUUAUGCGUUGGAGGAGUGCAGGGCUGAGUCGAAGAGGUCAUGCUUGGUGUUGUAUGCAUUUGUGUGCGCGCGUGCAUGUGUGUGUGUGUGUGUGUGUGUGUACGUCUGGAGAGCCGCUAGUCCAGCUGCUGCUAUUUGAAGCUGUGGCUAUGGAGAGGCACAACAGCGCAGUUACCUGUCCACUUCUCCUUCCUCUUGGCCCAGUAAGCACAUCUACUACUGCAGUCGAUGGCUUUUCUGACAACGCAUGUUCAUUUGCUCCAACUCCUCCUACAUUAUUGGUCCAUGUUGGAUCCUACAGAUGCUUACUGACUCCUAUGUUGGUGGUUUUUUGUGACUCACUCCUGUCCGGUGAACCACUCUUCACUUCCGUCUGACCUUAAACACUGUUGGGUGUCAGACCGAGCAAAUCCGUUGUUUAACAGAGUUUUAGUACUUGAAAAAAAAAAAAUCAUGAGGAGAGCUGGAUGUAUCUUAUCUUACUCUUACUAUUUUUGAGGACUUUUCAAGUGUCUCUGCUGGGUUGGUCAAAGACACCCACUGAGCUGAAAUAGUUCAGUCUGUGACGGACUACAGACUGCUGGCCUGACAACGUCUUUUGCCCCCUUUUCCCCAUUAUUCCCACUGUUUUUUUAUACGACCCCCUCUCUGCUUUUUCUAAGAUUUGUACGUGAUGAUCGGCUCUCUGUUUUGGAAGUCUUACACAUUAGCUGACCUGAGGGUGUCUGUCUGCGCUAAAAUACCAAAUGGUGUACCUUUGCAGGUACUGUAGAUCUGUAGGUUUUGUUUACUAUUGAUGUGUGCGGUGUGUGUGUGUGUGUUCUCUUUUUUUUUUUUUUUUUGCAUGUUAUUUAGAAAGAGAAAGCAUCUCUUUUUUUUUUUUUCUUUAGACGCUGUUUUUACUGUGAGAAGGAGAUAAAGGAUGCAUGGGUGAAAGGGGUCAUUUAUAUGUUUAGAUAGAUCAUGUUUCAAUGCGUCUUCAACAUUAGCAAUACCUUGUGCCUUUAUGUCUUUGGUGUGUGUGUGUGUGUGUGCGUGCGUGCAUGUGUGUAUGUGUGUGUAUAAGCGUGCUUGGCCUCUGCCCUGCAAAGUACAUGUACCUAUAUGUGUACAAACUAAGUUGUGACUAUGCGAGUGGGUGUAACUGAAAGAGUGUGUGUGUGUGUGUGUGUUUUUUAUAACACAAUUGAGUGUCAUUCAAUUUCAGCGUACAAACAGUGGCAUACAGUUUGAUCGUUGUGAAACCUCUCAAAGAAAUGUAUUUAUAGCAGUUCAAAAAAGAAUUUACUGUUGUUGUAAGCAUACCAUUAUUCAUGUCAAUGUAUUAUCCUAUAACCAACCUAUCGUCAGUUUAUACCUAAGGUACAGCCAGAGGAGCUUUGGGGCGACUAGCUUUGAGAUGCACUUACCACAGACCGGUUAUCAAUGCAGUUGUAGGGAGUUAACCCUGUGUAUUUUCACUUGUUAACAUAUAAAAAUGAACUUUUUAAAUGCUGAUAUGUUUCUAUGGCGACACGCACACAUGCGCGCGCGCGCACACACACACACACACACACAAUUCUGUCUCGCAUGUUCUAGCACUUUCUCAUGCCUAAAAGCAAACAGGAUCGAGCCAGAUCAAACUGGAUCAGACUUAACUUGGACGGAGAGCGGACCAGAGAGAGAGACAGGUCUUAUGUUCAUCUUUUCUGAUUGUGUGCCUUUGCUACUCUGGCAUAUUGAAUCCUCGGUUGGUUUCUCCUUUUGGGGUCUUUUUUUUUUGUUUUGUUUUUUUUUUGGACUUGUUGGUUCUGCUCGUCGCUGGGUUCAGAGAACUGGACUUUGGGGACUGGACUGGACCUGACAGGCUUCUAUGAAAGAGAGAAAAGACUGAAAAAAAAAAAAAAACAAUCUGACAGGAGGCAAAUAUAUUAAGUCACUCUCUCUCUCUGUACACACACCUUGAUGGAUUGAGUUUAUAAAAAGAUGGCGGCCUCACGUUAUGACAUCAUUUUCUGUUUUCAGUAACCCAGCACAGAGGAAGUGAAUGCCAAAAUCUGAAAGUUUCCACUCGUGUUGUGGGACUAACUGGGGAGAACUGGACGGUAGCAUCUACGUAUAUACACCCGGUUCAUGUCAUAGUACUUUACCGUCACAUAUUACUGAACAUAUAUCUCAUCUGUUUAUCAUUGUUAAUACUUUUUUGUUUGUUUGUUUUUUUUUGUUAUGGAUUUGUCAAUGCCAAAUUCUGUCUUUGGGCACUGAAGUUUUAGACCAUGGCUUUUGAAUGUGUUUAUUUUUCUGAAUCACUGUCUCCACAGUGAGUGUGUUGAGCUCCUUUACAGAUGUUGUGUCAACUGUUUUUUUUGGGGGGGGGAUUUCUUUUUUUGUCCGUGUUCCUGCCAUACAGGACAAUAAUAUAUCAGUGGCUAGAUCUGUGGAGUUGUAUUGUUGGGAUGGUGUUUUAUACUCUACCGCACUUAUUUGAGGAUACAAUUUUCAACUUUUUUUUUUUUUCAGUCAGCCUGGCUUUGUUUAUAUUGUGUAUAUGAAGAGUUUUAUUCUAAACUGAGACAGUCUAGAACACCUUCUUCCACAAGUGACUGUUGACAUGAAAGUAAAUGUUUUUAUUAAAGAUAGGAAGCUUAUUAUCUUUGCCCACAAAAUGAUGCAUUUUACGGACAAAAGAUUUUGUGGGUAUUAUGUGUUCAUUAAUGACUUUUUAUGGCUUUUCAUUCAUUAAAUUGUUCUAUAAACUCUUCAUAGGCACAUAAAGGAUUUGAAUUUUUUUUUUUUUUGAAAUCUCAAUCACAAAUAAUCCUAUUUACAUAUAUGCACAGAUUAUCAUGGUCAGAGCGUGGAAACUAAAUUGUAGGCCCAGGCUUCUGAGCUCACUUUUAACAUGAGCCAACUGCAAAAACAGUAUGUUUGCCAGAUAGCGGUGGGGACGUAGUAAUUUUGAAUCAGGAACAGUUGGUUGCUAUGAUGCGCCAAGUACACAGCAGCCCAGUUAAUAAGGCUACGGGCAGGGAUGUGUUAUUUCCCCUCUGGUUUCCCAUUAAAGUGGGAAUACAGUUGUUGUAUCAAAGUGAACAUCAAACCUGUUCCUGUACUUAUGUCAAAGUUACAGAGCUGAUUUAAAAUUGCUGGCCGGGUUAUUUUAACCAUAUUAGUAAUACUAACAACAUCCAAUCAUUUCAAAGGGGCCUUAAAAUGAAGCCAGAAUUGGUGUAUUAAUUCAUUUCCACUUACUUCACAUCAGUCACAUCUGUUCUGCCCGUCUGCUUGGUCCACAGCGCUUCACAAGGUGGACCUCGUUAGGUUUUUGUUAUCAGCUCGCUGUUGGCGGCGGUUUCCAGCUUGACUUCGCAAGUCUUACCUUGACACACAUACUGCAUUAUGGAGCUCAUGUAUGUAUCAUUUACCACGGGCCUGUGCUUACGUGUGGCAGAGUUGUGCUGUUUUGUGGCCUCUGACCAGCCAUCAAGGGUGCAGAGGGGGGGGGGGGGGGGGGGGGGGGGGAGGAAGUCAGAGGUUAAAGGUCACAGUGUGUGAAGUGGCUGCAUGUGAGCAUUUCGGGGACGUUUUAAGGGGGAUGAGGGAUGGGAGCGAACAGAACGGGAAGGGAAAAUGGGGUCUUCUGUUUCACACGAACUGAUUGAAGAGGAUGUCUUUGUUAGUUUGGAUACUUUUUAUAUAUAAAGGAAUUAAUGCAAAAAAGAAGCAUAAAGCUAGAAUGUAUGUGUAGGGGAGUACUGCUGUCCUGUUAGUCAAUACCAAUAUUUUAAGUAAAUAAACAGUUGUGUUUCCAUA